AUUUUGAAUGGGCAGUGAACUUAAAUCGUUUUACUUUAAAUUUGCUUGGACUUUGGCCUAAAACAGUACGAAAUUCUCGGCAAAAGUUAAUAUGUAAUUCUCGAGUAUUUAUCACCUCGCUGGGAAUGAUAUUUUUCAUCAUUAUUCCUUGUAUACAUUCGUUGAUAAAAAUUUUUGGAGAUAUGUUGCUAAUGUUAGAUAAUUUACAAUUUACUUUAGCAGGCAUUAGCAGCGUUAUUAGAAUCAUUAAUUUUUGGUGGAAAAAAGAAGCUAUUAUACCAAUUAUGAAUAUGUUUGCGAAAGAUUGGAUAAAGCCGAAAAGUGCUCAAGGGAGAAAUUUUAUGAUCCGAAGAGCUCAAAGUGCACGCACACUUCUUAUAUGCUCCUAUAGCAUAAUGGGGAUAACGUGCAUCUACAUUACCAUACCGCCUAUUUUUGGGAUGACAAUCAGAUUGACUUCCAAUAUAACUGAUCCGGGAAGACCAAUGCCUUUACAAACCCAUUAUAUUUACGAUAUAACGAAAAGCCCACAAUAUGAAUUCACAUUUAUUAGUCAAGCCAUCUAUAUACCUAUCGCCAUGAUGGCCUAUGUUGGAAUUGACAAUUUUCUCAGUCUUCUAAUAUUUCAUAUAUGUGGUCAAUUGGAUAUACUCCAAAAUCGUUUAACACAUUUGGAUAAAUACGAAAAUUAUCACAAAGUA